GAGGAGCCGCUGUCGCCCCGCCCUCUGGGCGGGAUCGGUUAUAAAAUCCUGUGUGAAGCCGCGCGUACAGUUAGUCAUACAAACCGGGUUUGACGGCGACGGCCAUGAGUGUUAUCGUCGCGCCCUUGCUUCUACUGCUGGCGACGACGCUGAAUCUUCCCGAGCGCUUGGUAUUUGCAGAAAAUACAACAUGCAUUUGGUAUGGAGAAUGUGGGACAGAUAAAGCUACACAGAAGAAAUACAACUGCAAAUAUGAGGGCCUGCCCAAACCAUUGCCCAAAGAAGGACAUGAACUCAUUCAAGAAUUGUGCCCAAAUUUUCUGUAUGGGGAUGUCGAUCUCUGCUGUGAUGUUCAACAGCUACAAACACUUAAAGACAAUAUACAGCUGCCACUUCAGUUCCUGUCCAGGUGCCCAUCUUGUUUUCAUAACUUCAUGACCUUUUACUGUGAACUGACUUGCAGUCCCGUUCAGAGCUUGUUUGUCAAUGCCACCAAGUUUGAACCGUACAUUCAGAAUCAAACCAGCAUCACAGAAGUGGAAUACUACAUUGGAUCAAGCUUUGCAAAUGCCAUGUACAAUGCCUGCAAAGAUGUUCAGUCUCCCUCAAGUAAUGAAAAAGCUCUGGGGUUACUUUGUGGAAAAGAUGCAAAGGACUGCAAUGCUACCAACUGGAUUCAGUACAUGAGUACCACACAGAAUGCCCAGACUCCCUUCAACAUUAUUCCUAUUUUUGGCGAUCUUCCUGUUGGUGCAAUGAUCCCCAUGAACAACAAAACCAAAGGCUGCAAUGAGUCGUUAGAAGAUGGCUCACUACCGUGCAGCUGUCAGGAUUGCACCCUUGUUUGUGGCCCAAAGCCAGUGCUGCCACCACCACCUAUACCAUGGACCAUCUUUGGUUUGGACGCUAUGGCAGUCAUAAUGUGGAUCUUCUAUCUGUUCUUUCUGCUCUCCUUUGGGGGAGCAGUCAUUGGUGUGUGGUUUUGCAGGAAGCAGCGUGUAGUUUCUGAAUAUGCACCGAUUAUGGAUGCCAGCACGAGCCAUUCCGUCAGCGUCAAUCAUGAUCUUGAUAAGAUGUCCUGUUGUGAACAGCUUGGUGCAAAAUCUGAAGCUUUCUUGCGCGACAUAUUCUCAAAGUGGGGGUCCUUCUGUGUGAGAAACCCUGCUCCAGUUAUCAUCUUCACCAUCAUCGCCAUCGCAGUCUGCUCUUCAGGCUUGGUGUUCAUGAGGAUAACCACUGAUCCCGUGGAAAUCUGGUCUGCCCCUUCCAGUCAAGCCCGCAAGGAAAAAUAUUAUUUUGACACUCACUUUGGACCUUUCUUUCGCACUGAGCAGCUGAUUAUUACAGCCCCACACACCAACUGGUCAACGUUCUCCCCUUAUCCGUCAGGAUCGGAUGUGCCUUUCGGCCCACCAUUGAGCAAAGAUAUAUUACACCAGGUGCUAGACCUGCAGGAUGCAAUCCAGGAUUUAGAAGCUUCUUACAAGAAUGAAAGUGUGCAGCUGCAGGACAUUUGCCUGGCACCUCUGUCUCCAUAUAACAAUAACUGCACCAUCCUCAGUGUCCUCAACUACUUCCAGAACAGUCACGCCGUCCUUGAUCAUUCUGUGGGUGACUUCUGGUUUGUGUAUGCGGACUACCACAGCCACUUCCUCUAUUGCUCCAAGGCUCCUGCUUCACUUAAUGACACAACAAUGCUUCAUGACCCGUGUUUGGGAACAUUUGGUGGACCUGUUUUCCCAUGGUUGGUUGUAGGGGGUUACAAUGAUGAAGAUUAUAAUAAUGCAACAGCACUGGUGAUCACAUUCCCUGUAAUUAAUUAUCACAAUGACACUGAAAAACUAAACAAAGUUUUGGCUUGGGAGAAAGUAUUUGUGGAUUUUCUGAAAAGUUAUAAUAAUUCCAACUUGAGCAUUUCAUUCUCGUCUGAACGGAGUAUUGAAGAUGAAAUAAAUCGUGAAAGUAACAGUGACGUCAAAACUAUUCUUAUCAGCUACAUUAUCAUGUUCUUGUACAUCUCCAUUGCGUUGGGACACAUAAGGAGCUGUGCGAACUGCCUGGUGGACUCCAAGAUCUCUCUGGGAAUAUCCGGCAUUGUGAUAGUCCUGAGCUCAGUGGCCUGUUCCCUCGGCAUCUUUAGUUACGCUGGAAUCCCCAUCACUCUGAUCGUCAUUGAAGUCAUUCCCUUCCUGGUGCUGGCAGUCGGUGUGGACAAUAUCUUCAUCAUUGUGCAGACCUUCAGGAGAGACAAACGGCUGCUCAACGAGUCGAUUGACCAACAGAUUGGCAGGGUUCUGGGCGAGGUGGCACCAAGUAUCUUCCUGUCGUCCUUCUCUGAGACUGUGGCAUUCUUUCUGGGUUCCUUGUCCACAAUGCCGGCAGUCCGAACCUUCUCCCUCUUUGCCGGAAUGGCUGUGUUCAUAGACUUCCUGCUCCAGAUAUCGUGCUUUGUAAGUCUCUUCGGGCUGGAUAUCAAGCGACAAGAGAGUAAUCGUAUGGAUAUCGUGUGCUGUGUGAAACAAGAGAAGGUUGAUGCAGAUCAUUCUGAAGAAUUGCUGUUCAGAUGCUUCAAAUAUAUCUAUGCUCCAUUUUUAUUAAAAAACUGGAUGCGCCCUAUUGUGAUAUCAGUAUUUGUUGCAGUCUUGUCAUUCAGCAUUGCAGUCGUAAACAAAGUUGAGAUUGGGUUGAACCAGAGCUAUUCAAUGCCUGAUGACUCUUACCUCCUGGAUUACUUUGCAUCAAUGAACAAGUACUUUCAUGCCGGCCCUCCCGUUUACUUUGUGAUAGAGGAAGGUCAUAAUUACACCUCUCCUGAAGGGCAGAACGCCGUGUGUGGUGGUGUUGGCUGCAACAAUGACUCUCUCGUCCAAGAAGUUUACAAUGCAGCUCUUCUGAGCAACUACACAAGAGUGGGCUUCCCGCCAUCCUCCUGGAUUGACGAUUACUUUGACUGGGUGAAGCCCCAGUCAACCUGCUGCAGAGUCUACAACAACACGGAGACCUUCUGCAACGCAACAGUUCACAAUCCAGCAUGUGUCCGGUGCCGACCACUGACUCAAGAGGGGAAGCAGAGGCCCUACGGUGAAGACUUCAUGACCUUCCUCCCCAUGUUCCUGUCUGACAAUCCCAACCCCAAGUGUGGCAAAGGUGGCCAUGCAGCGUACGGCUCUGCCGUGAACCUGAUCGACAAUAACACCGGUGUGGGAGCCACUUAUUUCAUGACUUACCACACGGUGCUGAAGACAUCUGCAGACUUCAUUGCUGCUGCAAAGGAGGCACGAAUCAUUGGCCAAAACAUAACCCAGGCAAUGGGGAUCUCGGGGAAAGGCUAUCGCGUCUUUCCGUACAGUGUGUUCUACGUAUUUUAUGAGCAGUAUUUCACAAUUGUGAACGACACUAUUUUCAACCUGUGCAUGUCACUGGGAGCGGUGUUUAUCGUGACGACGGUUCUGCUGGGCUACGAGGUCUGGUCUGCGGUGAUGGUGUGCAUCACCAUAGCCAUGAUCAUCACCAACAUGUUUGGAGUGAUGUGGCUCUGGAACAUCAGUCUGAAUGCUAUAUCGCUCGUCAAUCUGGUCAUGUGUUGUGGUAUUUCGGUGGAGUUCUGUAGCCACAUAGUGCGGGCAUUCUCUGUCAGUACAAAGAAAACCAGAGUGGGCCGUGCAGAGGAAGCGCUGGCAAAUAUGGGCAGCUCGGUAUUCAGUGGCAUCACGCUGACCAAGUUUGGUGGGAUUGUGGUCCUGGCAUUUGCCAAGUCUCAGAUUUUCCAGAUCUUCUACUUCAGGAUGUAUGUGGCAAUUGUCCUCUUGGGUGCAGCUCACGGCCUGAUCUUCCUUCCAGUUAUGCUGAGUUAUAUUGGUCCAUCCGUAAACAAAGGAAAGCUUUCUGUUCUGCACAAUCACUACAAGGGUACAGAGCGGGAGAGAUUAUUGCAGUAGGGUCCAAGCGGAUGCUAUGAAACAAGGACUGCUAAUGAUAACUUGCAGAUCCCCUUGGAAUCUGAGCUCUUUGCAGUUUAAUGCAGAAUGUCUUCCAAACUCAGGAAAUUAGUCCGUUUGCUAUUUCACAAAUGACUAUUUAUUAAUUCAAGGUAACUGUUUUACUGGUUUGUAACCUGACAGUUUAGCUGAAGUGGAUCUGGUGAAUUGCCAAUUACAAUGCAAGUGUUUCCAGUUGACAAGUUGUGCAAGGAAUGAUGCUGGAAAGUGGCACUAAUGAAUUUUAAUAUAUGCCAAUUGUAUAGCUAAUUUUUAUGGUCUUUUUAUUUAAUAAAGUCAAACAUUCACAA